AUUGUUCAAAGUGCUAAUUGGAGUUAAUCAAUACCGUGCUAAUUAUAACUUCGAGCAGUUGUUCUCUGGAUAAAUUUUCGGUUGAACUUGAUAGUCCGUAGCCGCUAACUGAAAGUGCCCUCUGGGUAAAUGUGAACCAUAUAUGACAUGUGACCUGAGGCGUCUACACCCCUGCUGGUGGGACAUCCUUACCGGAGGGACGUGUAUUACAUUUGUUUUGAUUUAUAUUAAUAUGAACUAUGUAUUGCUUGUUAUAGUUGUUAUGUAUGUCUUGUAUAUGGACUAAAAAGAAAGGCAGAAAUAAAUAUGAACAAAAUGUUCAAAAUUAUAUAAUAUAAAUACAGUAAUUGGCCCAACAAAUUGGCUGGAACGCUCUUCAUUAAACAUGUCGUACGAAAAAGGUUGGGUUGAAAGCUGGGCAGGCUCAGGUUCAUACAUUAAUAGGCUUUUUUAAUAGUCAAAUAAAUAAUCAGUCCUAAUCUAUAUAUUUUGCCUUUAUAUACUGCGUGCAUACACGGUUCUAUUUAAAUUAUUGCAUGUCUUACUUCAAUGCCAAUCUUUUGUUUGUUUGUUUUAUUUUAAUUUAUUUUACUUUUUGCCAUUAGAGGCAACAAACGUGCUGCCAUUGGCAAAUCUUUUUGUUCUGUUGACAGGGAUUUUCGGAGUCAGAAGUCAGGCGAUGCAAGGAAUUGAAAAUGAUGUGUGGAAGGAUUCUGGAAGAUCAUACACAUAAAACUUCUGAAUCAUCGAUUAAAUAAGAUACUAAUAAUUUGUCUGCGGCUGUGGCGGUUAGGUUAGAUUAGGUUAUAGAAUUAAGGAAGGAAGAGGAGGACUCAAAUUUUCAAACAUUUUGGGUCGCCUCAACGUCCUCUGCCCUGCUGCGUAUAGCUUUGGAUUUCUUGUGUUGUAUUAUUAUCUAUACGCACAUGGCAGAUAAUAUUGUAUGAUCGAUCCGGUCGUCUUCUCAUUCCUGUUGUUAUUAUCAUACUUAAUUUAUCACGGCAAUGGAUGCUUUGUGUUUUAAGGCAGCGCUGGCGCCAAACAUCGCCAGGGAGUUCAGACUCGCCGGGAAGGCGUCGCCGCAGCUGCACCUGCACCUGCACCGGAGGAAUUUGCGAUUCCGGCGGCCGGUGAGAGCGUUGUGGCGGAGAGGCGGCGGAAACAGGAAGGAAUCAUUACCGGUAUUGGUGGAGGAAAAGGAAGCCGCCAUUGGAGACACAGACGAUUACGAGAAAGGUCGGCAACGCGGUAAUUGGGUGUACAAAGUUCUGCACGUCAAUUCUCUCUGGAAGAGCACCAACAACGACGAAAUGAAAUCUAACCUCGAAGCAGAAGCAGAUUCAGAUAAUCCAAACAGAAACGAAGAAGAAGAAGAUGAAGAAGACGACGAUUGCGAGGUGUGCGUAACUGACGUCGAUGAAUUCAACAGCAGCAGCAGCGAAUCAUUCUGUAAACUUCUUCGAAAGGUGCCAUUGGCAGAAGCACGAUUGUAUGCUCGAAUGUCGUAUUUGGGAAAAUUGGCUUAUUCCAUCCCCCAAAUCAAGCCUGGUAAUCUGCUGAGAUUUCACGGCCUACGUUUGGUGACCUCAUCAAUGGAGAAACAAAAUGCAUCCAACGUUGGAUCAAUCGAAGAAGAACAAACACAUCACCCCAACGCCAAUUCAGCUGCAUCCGAUGCAUACAAAAUCGCUGCUUCCUACCUGCAAUCCCACGCUCCGACAAUUCUCCGCUUCCGGACGCCGUCGCCGCAACAAAACGAUCUCGAUUCCAUGACUGCAGUAGUCGCAGCGAACGAGCAAGUCAAGCAGGCUGUGGCGGACGAUCUCAACUCGACUCACUCUUCGCCCUGCGAAUGGUUUGUCUGCGAUGACGAUCAGACUGCAACGAGAUUCUUUGUAAUACAAGGAUCUGAUUCACUGGCUUCCUGGCAGGCCAAUCUUCUCUUCGAGCCUGUCCAAUUCGAGGGGAUGGACGAUGUUCUUGUCCACAGGGGCGUAUACGAGGCUGCGAAAGGGAUCUACGACCAAAUGCUGCCUGAAAUCAAAGCACACCUUGAAUGCCACAGGAAUCACGCUAGAUUCUACUUCACGGGGCAUUCGCUUGGCGGGAGCUUGUCGUUGCUUGUAAACCUCAUGCUGUUGUUGAGGGAACAAGUGCCUCGUUCUUCGCUGCUUCCUGUAAUAAUCUUCGGCGCGCCAUCGAUCAUGUGUGGAGGUGAGCGCCUGAUGCGCAAGCUUGGCCUGCCUAGAAACCAUGUCCGGUCGAUCACAUUGCAUCGAGACAUUGUUCCCCGAGCAUUCUCCUGCAACUAUCCUGACCACGUUGCUAAAUUUCUCAAGGCUAUAAACAGCAACUUCCGCAGCCUUCCAUGUUUGAAGAAACAGAAGCUGUUGUACACUCCAAUGGGGGAGUUCUUGAUUCUUCAGCCAGACCACAGAUUUUCUCCGAGCCACCAUCUUCUCCCACCGGGGAGCGGUUUGUAUCUUCUAACCUGCGAUGAUGAAUCGGAUAUAGCCAAAGCAGAGAAGCAGAUCAAGGCUGCACAGAAUGCAUUUCUAAACUCUCCGCACCCUCUCGAGAUACUGAGCGACAGAUCAGCAUACGGUUCAGGCGGGACAAUCGUAAGGGACCAUGACAUGAACUCUUACUUGAAAUCGAUAAGGUACAUAAUACAACAAGAGCUCAAUAGCACCAAAGCAAAGUCUGGUGGGAAGCUGUGGCACCACUUGAGAUCAAUGACAAUGGCAGCAUUGUUGGAUCAGAAACCGUGAAGGGAUGGCCGGUCGAGGGGCAUUGAACUUCUUCGGCGUCGCUAAGAUAGGUACAGAAUCUUUGAAAGGGCUACAUAUGAUGAUUCUUGCAUCACAAUGCAUCCAUUUUAUCCUGCAAGAGUGGUGAUAUUAGAAACAUGUAGUUAUCAUCAUUGGCCAAAAUAGUAGACAAUAGAUAGGAAAUGACACUAGUAGAUGAUUCUUUAUUCGUGGGAAUAUAAAUUACAAUAGAAGCGGGGACGCUGUUUGCAAUACCUGAUUUGUUCCUGGGAAAUUUGUACAGAUAAUGACACUCAAAAACUCAAUGUAACUUAAAUUUCCCUUGAAAAUGAAGUAUCAUAUUUAUC